AUGGGGGCUGUUAAGAAAACAUCAGCAAGAAUGGCAAGAAAAGCAGGGCAUGCUAUCCAUGAAAUUAAUGACUCAUAUCAGAUCCUCCAGAAUUUUGCUCCUCAUGAAUGGAAGAAAAAAUCUCUUAUCGGGAAGAGGAACCGUAGCACUUAUGUUGAUUCUGGGGUGACAGCUACGUAUACAGGCGACAACAUCGGAGUCAGCGAGACUCGUAAGCGGAUGAAAAAGUUGAUGGGUAAAGACCCAGACUGGGUCGAUGUGUUUAUGAAGACACGUCUUACAGCAGAGUCGAAGACAAAGUAUUUUAAUGGAGAUGGUGAGGGAUUGCAAUAUAUCACUACUAUAGCGCAACAAGCAUAUGAGGCAUAUAGGAGAGGCCUCGUCGAGAAGUAUGGAGACGAUCCGACUCAACAAAGAACUAAUGAUCCUGAGUUGUGGGCCGCCACACAGAUGCAGAGGCAGGGAGGGAAAGGCAAAGGUCGCAUCUAUGGGAUUGGAUCAUCUGAUCUUCAUUUUGUUAUAAGCGGGGCAUAUUCUUUUGGGUCUACCUCGUCCUCGGCUGAACAAUCACAACAAGAG